AUGACUUCGUUGGGGCUGCGGACGACGGUCGGAAGGCCGAAAAUUGCCAGGGCUGGGGUAGGAAGGAAUUGCACAGUGUUGACUUCACAUGUUGAUUCUUUUGCUUUCCGUUUUAACAUAUAUGGGCAGAUGGGUAUAGGUUAUGCAAAAUAUGAUCAGCUGGUCUUCCACAGUAUCUCCAGCUUGGUCGUGGCAUUGAUAAUGAGGUAUGCGUUUAUCUUGUCUUCGACAGUGUGUACACUUUUUGGGGAUUCUCAGUACAAUACAAAAGGCAACUUACUCAACCUUGCUUAUGAAGCUCAACGACAACCUUGAGCAAGUGUAUUUUUAUUGGGGGAAACCAUAAGCAGCAGUGCAUGUGAAUAGAUCAUACAGGUUGGCCAUAAUUCUGAUACCAUUUGUUUUUGUAUAAAACUUUUGUGACCUUCAAGGUUCUGUUUCAUAUUGCAUGUGACUUCAUCUAACUUUAGUGCUUGAAUUUUCAGUUGCGGUGGAUAAAAAUCGAUAUGUGUAAACGUAAUUUACAACUACCUAAUUGUGUUAGUUCUGUACUUUGGCAGUUGCAUAUGUUUGAACUUACUACUAAAUGUAUUCUGGAACUUUCAGGUUGGAUUUUGGUGGUUACUUUAAAUGGACUCUGGAACAUUAAGUGAUGUAGC